CAGGACCAGGACUUGCUGACCAUAUAUUGUGUUCUCUACCAGAAAAUCCUGAAAGAAAAUCUGUGGCACACCAGCAAGUGUCUGAAUGGGUAAAAAAAAAUGAAGGUUUUGGAGUGGCCUAGUCAAAGUCCAGACUUAAAUCAGAUGCCGUGGCAUGACCUUAAAAAGAGCUUUCAUUCUCGAAAAUCCUCCAGUAUGACUGAAUUAAAACAUUUCUGCAAAGAAGAAUGGGCCAAGAUUCCUCCAUCUCUGCAUCUUGUAUCUACUCAGGAGAUCUUCGUGAAGAGGAAAGGCACCAUCAACCACCAGUUACUACUCAACCUUCAGGAGCUGUUGAUCUACAAUUCAAAUUACAGCCAGAAGUCAGAAGGGGGAGCUGUAGAGCACCUGUUCCAAGCCAUGUCUCAAGGACGCUUUUUCAGCUGAGUCACUGUCCUUGUGUAUGUGUGUGUGUGUGUGUUUGUGUGUGUGUGUGUGUGUGUGUGUGUGUGUGUGUGUGUGUUUGUGUGUGUGUGCAUGCGCGGUGUGUGGACAUGGUCUUACUACAUAUUCUGCACAGGCUUAUGCUCCCCCCAAGAAGUUACAUAAUAUGUUGUUAGAACUUGUUUUAUUUCUGUCUUUCUUUAACAUAUAAUUAGCAGUGUAGGUGCACAUGUAGGCUAUCAGUUUUUAUCUCCAUGCCAAACCUUGAAAAAUAUGUAUGUAAUUUGGAAUAGCAAAUGGCAUUAUAAAAAAACAGAAAGACUGACAGACUGAAAAAGUCCAGGGGAUCACAGUUAGUGGCAGCCUGUGUGUUUCCUCCAAUCAAGGAGGAUAAACGGAUUCCUUGCCCGUCAGCAGCAGCACCACGUGUUGGUGACAGGUACAGCACCUGCUGCUGCUCAGAGUGCGUCACCCCCUUACAGUGAGGACAUAGAAGAGCAUUGAAAGGAGGAGCCUUCAAAGAGGUAGAGAGCACAACUGCGGUAUCCUCCGAACUGAUCUCAAAAGAAACCAAGAGGAAGAGGGGAACUGAAGAAAGAAGAGCCCUGAUAUAGUCUGGUCACCUUGCUUGUACACAUACGUCUGCAGCAUCAUCUCACAUGCACACACACACACACACUGUCCUCCGCCUUGUCACUCCCUCCACCACAGAGCGCCGCCACGGCUCAUCUAUCUGUCUGGAAUCAGAGGGAAGCCCAGGCAGCGAAAAGCAGUUGCACCUCUUCAGACGAGCCUCCGACAUCAUACCCUUCAUCAGUGUCCCUUCACACAGCCUGGACGUACAUCCUGGCGUUACCCUGAUAAAAAUGAGGAAGGGGCUCCAGAGUGGUCAAGCUCACACAGGGCAUCAGCACAAGAAGGAGGUGAAGGAGCGGCAGCACAGGAGGGCUGAGAAGAAGCUGCUUGCCUUCUGGAUGUCCUUGUCCCACAGGACCUGGACCUUCUUCUGGCCCCGCGAGAGACCGGGCUUCCGGCGCUCUGCUUCUGCCGCCCGGCUGCUGAAGAGUGAGGCAUGAGGAUAGAAAGUGUGUGCGCGUGUAUGUGUGUGGAGGUCUGUCAGUAGCAGUGACAGAAGAGGCCUCACAGACCUGCUGUCAAGUGGACCUGUGUGUGUGUGUGUGUGUGUGUGUGUGUGUGUGUGUGUGUGUUUGUGUGUGUGUGCGUGCUCCUUUCAAGUGGGUGAAAGCAGCUUCCUCCGCCUAGUCCACCAUUUGCAAAAGUACUUUGUGUUGCUGCCAUACCAGCGCUGGGGUGAUAGGUGAAGGGUAAAACAAGCUUGUUGAAUCCCUCUUUGCUGCAGUUUUCUUGGGAACAAAAAAAAAAGUCAAAAGAUGAGAUCGUCUUCUCCGCCUGGUUAGUGUUUCUCCUCGCUCAAAAUGGAAAAUUACAUCCUUCUCAAAUCAACUUGACUUAUUCAACAAAAAGCUUGGAAGCGCGCUACCAACACUUCUCAGGCGGGGGUGGGUUAACAGGGAUCAGCCAUGGUGGUGACCCAUCUGGUUCUGGAGCUGCGUUUCCAGGGGAAGAAGCUGAGGGGUUUCUCGUGCAAACUGACCCGCUCGGCCCGGGGCUUCCUGCCAGAGAGCUCGUGGAUCAUUGCGUUCCAGGUCCUGCUGCCUUACCUGGCGUCUGGGCUGGGCAUGGUGGCAGCUGGGAUAGUCAUGGAUAUAGUGCAACACUGGGAGGUGUUCAAGGAGAUGUCAGAAGUGUUUAUCUUGGUGCCAGCCCUGGUGGGGUUGAAGGGGAAUCUGGAGAUGACAUUGGCAUCCAGACUGUCAACAGCGGCCAACACAGGGCAGAUGGAUGAUGCUCAGCAGCAGUGGAGUAUGGUGUUCUGUAAUCUGGCUCUCAUUCAGGUCCAGGCCACAGUUGUGGGUUUCCUGGCAGCAGUUGCAUCAGUGAGUCUCGGGGGUCUGACAAGGGGGAGAGUGGACGUUAUCCAGGCUUGUGUCCUGUGUGCCAGCAGUGUCACAACUGCUUUCAUCGCUGCACUGUCUCUAGGUCUGGUGAUGGUGGCGGUGAUUAUUGGAUCAAGGAAAGUGGGCAUCAACCCAGAUAAUGUGGCCACGCCCAUCGCUGCCAGUCUUGGAGACCUCAUCACUCUGUCUCUGCUUGCUAGGGUCAGCAGCCUCUUCUUCUGUUACAGAGACAUGUGGUACCUGCCCCCUGCAGUAUGUGGUUUCUUCCUGCUUCUCAUUCCACUGUGGGUCAGUAUUGCCCAACGCUCUCCAUCAGUCAGAGAUGUCCUAAAGUCAGGCUGGCAACCUGUCAUUUUGGCCAUGUUCAUCAGCAGUAUUGGUGGUCUGAUUCUGGAUAAGACAGUGAGCAAUCCAAAGUUCGAAGGCAUGGCAGUGUUUACUCCAGUCAUCAAUGGUGUAGGGGGAAAUCUGGUGGCCAUCCAGGCCAGUAGGAUGUCCACCUACCUCCACUCCUGGGGUGUUCCUGGAGCCCUUCCAUUUAAAAUGAGCGGGAGCUGUCCUGGACCCUGUGCUACCCUCUGCUCCUCAGAUGUGAACUCCAAAUCAGCAAGAGUCCUUGUCAUCCUUGUAGUCCCGGGCCACCUGCUCUUCCUGUACACCAUCCACCUCCUGCAGGGAGGCCAUACUGCCAUGACACCCACCUUCAUCAUCUGCUACCUCUGUGCAGCUCUGCUUCAGGUGAUGAUUUUGCUUUACGUGGCCAGCCUGAUGGUGCGAUGGCUGUGGAAAAGAGGACUGGAUCCAGACAACUUCUCCAUCCCCUACCUCACAGCUUUUGGUGACCUGUUGGGUACUGGCUUCUUGGCACUGAGCUUCAGACUGAUCCUGAUUGUCAGUUCUUCUGGGACUGGAGUUUGAUAUGGACACACGGAUGCAUGUACUGUUGUCUAUAUGCAAGUGACCCACUACAGGGCUAAUUGGAUUUAAGAAGGAAGGUGACGAGAAAAGAACAUAAGAUUACCUGUUGUAUUUGUGGCUCAAUACUGUGCAUGUGAUGGGACAGAAACAUGUUUUUUGCAAGCAUGCACAUUUUAUUUUGUAAGAAUAUUCAAUUUGAGCAAACAAAGAUCUACACUAUGCAUGUUUGCUAUUACCCAUGUAAGUGCACAAUAAUAACCUCUCACUCAGUUUUACUCAUUCGCUCACCAAUUCCCUGGAUUCUGGACACCUGCCCACUGUGUCUCCCAUGCUGUCUCUAUCUGUGCUCAAGCUUGCCUUGCUAAACCUCACACAGUAAAACAAAUUCUAGAGGUGACACAGUGAGAGGGACAUGGAGAGACUGGAGGGAAAUCACAGAAAGAACUGUAGUUUCUGGUGAGUUGACGCUGUGCUGAUCACAACUACAAAGACAUGGUUGUUCCUUCUGUUUCAAGCUAGCUUACAGCCAACGUUCAGUUGGUACAUCGGCUGGUUGUGGUGAAUAAACACAAACCAUCCCACAGUUAAAUCUGCAAGAAUGAUGCUUCACUUUCUGUCUGAACACACCUUUACAGUGUGCUACAAUUUCAGCUGGUCAAAAAAUUGGAGUAGGCAGUUUCUGGUUUGCUAUUUUGUCUCCAAUUUGAUUGCUAGUAGGAUUAUCGGUAACUAGGGAAGUAGGGAAGCACUGGGAAAAUCGUCAGUAGGGACACCACAGCUAUGCAAAAGUAGUUACUUAACUAGUUUGAUAAUAAACCGCUUGUAUGUUAGUCUCUAGCUAGCUAGCAUGAAAGGUAGCUAACUAGAUUUCUAUCCAACUAUUGAGAUAGUGGCCAGUAGCUAGCUAAGCUAGCAGGCUAACUUGAUCAUUGCCAGCUACUCGAUAAGGAUACGAAUACGAUAAGGUAUUAUAAUCAGUUAAAAAACAGUGGCUUUAAAUGUUUUAACUCAGCAGCAAUGGCACUUGUCAAAAAGUUGAAUUUAGUAUUGUAUAGCUGACUUAAGAAUUACUACUAACCACCUAAAGCACACUGCCCCCCCCCAAAAUCAUAUAUUCAACUGUUUUCAUUUAGCGGCAUAGAUAAACUUCUUCUUCUUUCUUUUUUUUUUUUAAGAGAUUACAUUAAUGAUUAUAAUGCCCUGGAGGGUAGGUAGACUAUUCAAGUUAGUACCUAAGUUAGCUAGUUGGCUAUUAGUCUUGCAGAGAAUUACAGAGGAAAUGGGUAAAAUUGAGUGAGAGGUUAUUAUUGUGUGCUUUCAUAGAUACUAGAAAACAUGUAUAUGAUUCAUUGAGCACAUAGAUUUUCUUUUUUUUUUUACAAAUUAAAUUGUACUUUGUAAGAUACUUUCUCUAUAAAACAUGUACAUGUGCUAAAAAAAGGUUUUCUGUGCACAAAAUAUCCCUUUGUGCCCAGGAUUGAGGCACAAUUAUAAAUAAGGGGCUGCAUCAACAAAAGUGGAACAAACCUUGUUUAAAAUAGAAAGAAUAAGGAGAGAAAAACAUAGAGUUUGAUUUGUGACUUUGAUCUCUGUGUUUUCCAGCUCACUGUGGUCAAUAGUUGUACACUUUUCCUUGGUGUUGCACUGGUCUCAAUACAAACACCACCCAGUUAUCUGUAGUAACAACAUCCAUCUAAAAUGGAUACAAGUUGAAAUAUUGUAGAACCUUUGUAUUUUUAACUGUUGGUACAUCUGUACACCUAUUAUCUGCUCUUAAAUGUUAGAUGGCAAAUGACUGUAUUAAGGCAAUAAUCAUAUCUAAAUGAGCGUAAAUGUAUUGUAACAUAAAUCCUACACUGUUCCAUCUGGAUGAAUGUCAGAUUUCAAAAUGUUUAUUUUAUGUAGAUAUUUGCCUUUAACCCGUGAUAAGCCUUCAGUUGUCUGAUGAAUUCCUAUGAACUGUUGAGUUUGGUGUGCCAAAUUUCUACUGGAUAUUUUAUUUUUUGAGCAGCACAGUGUCACUGAUCAUAGUUAUACACAGUUACACUUUACUGUAUCUAUGUUAGUUUGUGUCCCAGUGAAUGAUGAUACAGAUAUAUCUGUGUUAUUUUUGCGAACAAAUUACAGUAUUUAGUAUGAA